GUAGGCGUCGUCAAAAUUGAACCGAUUUGUGUGUGUUAUCUGUUUUCAUUGAUUUGCUUUAUGUACGACGAAAGCUGGUUUGCAGCAUUAUUUGGAUUAUUUUGGAGUGAAGAACGAGUGUUAAUUCAAUAAAUUCUAGUUCCAAAUCAAAUGGGCAGUGAAGCAAAAACCUCCAAAGCGGAAGUGUUCAUUCAAAGCCUGAAUGUGGGCAAUGCUAAAAAACUCGCAUUUUUGAUGGUAAUAAGUUUUACCAUCUAUCACGGUUUGUUACAUUUACGUUAUGGAAGUGAUUCAUGCAAAUGGUUGCUGAGUGAUGGAAGAUUCAAAGGUGACAAGGAGUGGCAGCCUUUCGGAUGCAUGUUGCACAAAUAUACGGAAACAGACACACGAAAAUGCUUUCGGUACCUAGCAUUUUGGGGUAACCAAAAUCAUUUCGUUUUCAUUGGCGAUGUUCGAAUCCGAACUCUAUACUUGGAGAUGAUCAAUCAUCUCAAACCGAAAGAUGCUGAGAAUGCUUCCAUUCAAUCAACACAGGGCGAAACAGAAAAUCUUCAAUUUGUCGACUACAAACUGCGUCUUCAGAUCAACUACAUUUAUGCGAAUGAAGUUUCCAAAACUGUGAUUGAUGAGUUCAUCAAGUGGCAACACGAGGAAGAUCCUCCAAGUUUGAUUGUGGCCAGUUGCACCUACUCGACGUUUUCCAACGGGAACGUGACUAAAGAGGUCCAGAAGGCUUUUGAGAAAAAAUUGACUAGAAUGGUUAAGCCUAUCGAUAAUUUGGUUGCCAAAAAGUCGAAGGUGAUUUGGAAGCUGCAGGAUCCGAUCGAUCACGAUCGAAUUAAUGAUGAGUGGAAGAACGUUCAGAACGAGGACAUCGAUAAAAUUAAUCAGGUGGUCUAUGAUAUACUGGGUUAUUCCGAUGUUAAAAUAUGGUCGUCGUCGAAGAUGAUUGCUUCCGGUUUACUGGAUGAAUUCGUCGACGGUCAUAAGCUGGGGGUGUUGGCUCUGAAACAUGACGUACAAAUUUUGCUGAAUAUGUAUUGUAAUGAUUACAUGAACUAUAACGAUGGAACGUGCUGCAGUAGUGCUGAGUCGUAUACGAUUAUUCAGGUUAUUACAUACGCUCUGUUGGCAGUUUGUCUCGCUAUUGCCUGCGCAAUGAUUAUUCGACGUUGGCUGUUACGUGCUACAACCGGCUACAUGCCGCUAAGUCAAACGGCUGUGCCGACUACAACUUCACCAGAUUCGCAGUCUCCAAUUCUAGCACUCGCUUCGCUGGCGCUCAUAAUGGCAUACUUCUAUCUAUGCGACAGAACAAACUUUUUCAUGAAAGAAAACAAAUACUAUUCGGAGUUCAGCUUUUGGAUACCGGUGGGGUACGUUUUUGUGUUGGGAUUGUUUUUUACCGAAGAUAGUAAAUUUACUAAAGUGCUGCAUCGCGAUCAAACUGAUGAAUUGAAAGGAUGCAUGCAGCUGGUCAUUUUGAUCUAUUACAUGACGGGUGCGUCCCACGUACUUCCGAUCUAUAUGCAUAUCAAAGUUCUGAUCAGUGCUUAUCUGUUUCUCUCUGGUUACUGCCAUUUUACUUAUUCCUGGCAGACUGGGAACACAGGUUUAGUGCGAUUUCUACAUGUGAUGUUCAAAAUUAACUUCCUCACCGUUGUGUUGUGUCUAUGCAUGAAUAGACCUUACCAGUUUUAUUUUUUCGUACCGCUGCUAUCCUUUUGGUAUUGUAUGAUUUACUUUCUGUUUUCGAUUCCUCCCCGAAUUACCGCACAAAGCUCGGAAAAUAAUGCUUAUCAGUACUUGUAUGUUGUGCUCAAGUUUGUGUGCAUGCUAAGUGUGAUCACGGUUCUGUACAUGAGUGAAGUAUUUUUCGAGCGCAUUUUCGUUACCCGCCCGUGGAAGGCUCUUUUCGUCACAACUGACGAUGAUAUUCACGAAUGGUGGUACCGAUGGAAGCUCGACCGCUAUACCAUAACGUAUGGCAUGAUUUUCGCUGCAAUAUUUCAUGUUGCCCAGCGAUACUAUAUUUUUGACGAUAACAACCAUGGAAAUCUUUUUUCACGCCGUAUUUCUCUCACCUCAACGUUAGCCGCAAUCAUUGGAAUAGGAUUCUAUACCACUUGGAGCUUCUUCUGUCGCAACAAACAGAACUGUGAGGAAAUUCAUUCCUAUGUGGUAUUCAUUCCUAUAGUGAGCUACAUUCUACUGCGAAAUAUUUCGGGUAUUUUACGUACUCGUUACUCAACAUUUUUCGCCUGGUUUGGACGAAUCUCUUUGGAGCUCUUUAUUUGCCAGUAUCAUAUCUGGCUAGCGGCGGAUCGAAAUGGAGUGCUGGUGCUAUUGCCUGGCUUUCCAACCCUGAAUGUGUUGAUAACGUCGUUCGUAUUCGUUUGCGUUUCGCACGAGAUUCACCGCCUGACUACAGUUCUGUUGCCAUACGUUGUUCCCAAUGAUUGGAAGCUGGCUCUCCGUAAUGUGGUUAUUUUUGCAGUAAUUCUCAUUCCCAUUGGGAGGUAUGAUGGCAUGUUUUAAGUAGCAGUUGAACAAAUAUAUAUGUAAGAUGUAUCGUAGAUUUAAACAUAGAAUUACGAACAUGUGCUGUGUUAAUACAAUUUCAUCAUUUUCAUUAAUCAAUUUGUUUAUAUCAUGGUUAUUUAAUAUAAUCAAACUGUGCAGAAUUUUUCAUGUAACAUCAUUCAAUAUCCGUGUUAUUGUUAGGAUCUUUUUUCGCUUUCUGAGAAUAAUAAAAAAAACUAGAAAAACACAAUAAACGACUGGCUAGAAUAAGAAAAG